AUUGCUGAAUCUAUGGAAGAGCAAACACACAAUCACAUGGACACAUUUGGUGCGCACACAGAAGAAGCACAAACAAAUGGUUAAGGGUCACUUAGAACUUUGCUCUUAUAGUUUAGAGGUUAGAGGGGUUUUUUUUCUCUCCUGUGGUGCCGUUAGAGGAGAGAGAGCGUGUGUGAGUUUGACUUACAGUGGCUGCCAUGCGGGGAGUGGUGUGUUUGUUGACCCUGCUGGUUCUGAAAGAGGUCCCUGUGCAUCCAGCACCUCUUCCAGCAGCACAAGAUGGCUUUGAUGUGGGGUCGGUAAGUCAUAGCAACUUUACAACAAAAGUCACUCUAUGUAAAACUUAUGUUGUCUGAUUUUUUCUUAAUAUAUUUUGGCAACGGAUUUUAUUUUACCUCUAAUAAUAGGAUAUUAGGAUAAGGAUACUCCUUAUAGAAAAACCAAUAAGCCCAUGCAAAGGCUUCCCUGGACAUUAAACUGUUUUUUGUCUCUUCUAGUUCAUGGGGAGAUGGUAUGAGGCAGCUGUGGUUUCUACCUGUCCUCACUACAUGCAGCGUAAGAGGGGGAACCCCGUUAUGGUUGCCAUGGAACUGCAACAAAUUUCUCCUGAAGGCAACUUUACCAUGACUUCCUCUAGUUCCAGGUCAGACUUGCAUUGUGUUCUUGAAAACACAGGUUCUGUACUAAGCACUAACUUGUGUUGUUUUUGCAUGUGGGUGCACGCAGGAAUGGUUUGUGUAUGCAGACGUCUACUGGUUAUAGCUCGACAGACACUCCUGGAAGAUUCUUCCAUCAUGUUGCAAGUAUGUUUGUGUAUAUCGAAUUUUAUCAAUGUUAGAUUUAAAUGCUGUAAACUUGGUACAUAAAGUUUAAUCGGAUUAUAUUCUUGCUGCAGGGUCUGGUGCUGAUGUGGAUUCCUUUGUGGUUCACAUUAACUAUAGUGAUUUUGCACUGAUGAUUCAGCUGAGCACAGAGAAACCAUCAGGAACUACAACCACUAUGGCAAAGCUUUUUAGUGAGUCUGUAGUUUUUGAAUCAAACCUUUGAAUAAUUAGUUGUUUUUAUUUACGUUAAGCAGUAAGUCUGUGAUGUGCUGUUUUUGUCUGAAGGUCGAACUCAGAGCGUGAGUCCUGCUGUGCUGCACAGCUUCAAAUCCCUGGUCAGACAAUAUGGACUGAGUGAAGCAGAUAUCGUGAAUCAAAGUAAAGGUAUAAAUGUAUAAUCAACAUAACAAGAUGCUUUUCUUCAAUGAUGCACAUCAACUCUAUACUUCAGUGUCACUGUCUCCCCAGGUGAGUGUGUUCCCAGUGAGCAGGUGCCAAAAGCCAUCACGACUCAGCCUCAGGUACUUGUCUCACACUGUGACUUAAUGGAUUCACAUUUGUUCAUACUUCUCUUUUUUUAUUUUAAGAUUUGUUUGUGACCCAAUAUGUUUUAUUUCACCUCCUCACAAAGGCUUUAAAUUUUGCCAUCUGAACAUACUCAUAUGUUUGUUUUUGUUUUUUUUAUGGACACGUAAUUUUCAAAAUUUACACAUAAAUAUAUGUUGAUUUGCUGUUACAGGUUAAGUGAUCACAUGGGAUAACUCAAGAGGACUGUCCCCAAACACUCAUUAGACUAUCAUCAAAAUACAAAUGUUCUGUGACUACUUUGUACUGCUUGGUCAUCACUGACUAUGCUGUAACAUGAUGUAUCCUGUUAUUCAUGUAAUUCCAUCAUGUAUAAAAGACUUGGCAUGCUGAAAUAAAUAUGUUAUUGCUUUGCUAAUAAGUUAAUGACAUGUUUGUUUGUCUAAUGUUUUAUCGGUAACCCUUUCUUUUACGGUUCACUUAUUACCAGGUAAUUAACAGGUAAUUACCUGGUAACAACAUGAAAUUAUCUGGUAAUUACAUGAUAACUACUAAGUCAAUACUGUCUAGCUACCAGGUAGGUAACCUUCCAUCAUCAUACAAAUUUGAAGCCGAAUUGCUCUGGUAUUUCCAGGAUUUUCUCCGCUUCCUGGAACCACCACUUGUGCAGUAGCAUUGUACACAUUUGGCGGGUGAGUCGCUGUGAUAAUGCUCGGCUCAAACAACGUAUCACUACGCAAUCUUUGCACGCCCAUAGGCUGUAACAAGUGUCAAUCAUAGAAAAUAAGAACCCCUAAUAGCUUUUGGAAAUGGAGCUGCACAGAAAAAAAGAAAAGAAGAAAAACUAGACAGUAUUGACCUAGUAGUUAUCGUGUAAUUACCAGAUAAUUUCAUGUUGUUGCUAGGUAAUUACCUGUUAAUUAGCUGGUAAUAAGUGUACCGUAAAAGAAAGCAUUACCGUUUUAUCCUUACAACUGUAAGAUGACCAGACACAUAUAAAAAAAAGUAUUAUAAAAAAUAAAAGUAUUUAUCAGCCAACGUGUCAAA